GUCGUCUAGUCGACGAUAGCGGGCGAUCGUCGCGCCGCCAGUGUCUCGCGGUUCAUCGAUCAGUGUGGUGUGUGUCGCGUUGUUGUUCCGGGGGAUUUUUUUUAGUGGUUUAUUCCUAUACGUUCGGCUGCGCUACGUUACGCGGCUUCUUCGCGGCUGCUCGUCCCGGAAUUCGUGAAUACAACGGAGCGGGCACCGUGAGCGGGGCCCAUCGAGAUUACGGGAUAAAAAUGCGACUAAGGAUACACUGGAUUCUGUUGAGCACGGUCGUGGUGAUCCUCGCGGGAUGCAACGCCGCUACCGAGAAGGAACAGACCGAUACCAAGCAGAGGACAUCGACUUACAAUACCUUCCCGGACGAUUUGUACUUGGAUGAUCAGGACGCCUUGGAAGGCUCUGGUCGAGGUGUCAGUGAUAAUCGCGACGAUCUCGAGGCUUCGGGCAGUGGCCUUGGCCCUGAUGACGAGGACGGAGACGACGAUCGCGAGUUUAAUGGUAAUAAUGGACUAGAGAUCCCGAGCAAGCCGACCGAAGCGAGACCUCCGUACUUUAUUGAUGAGACAAACGCCAAAACUAAACAACAGACGACUAUCGACGCGGUAAACCGACCCGCCAACGAGGUCGACGUAAUCGAACCCUCGGGCACGGAAGACGAUCACGCCGACAAUACCGACGAGAUCCACGAAGUCUAUAUAAUGAAUCCGAAACACGAGGACCGUGCCAGCUCGUUCUUCGCGCAGCCAGGUGUAUUGGCCGCUGUGAUUGGCGGCGCGGUAGUGGGCCUGCUCUGCGCGAUAUUGGUGGUCAUGUUUAUCGUGUACCGGAUGCGUAAGAAGGACGAGGGCUCGUACGCCCUGGACGAGCCGAGGAGAUCACCCGCGGCGCAAGCCUUCCCCAAGCCUGGCGCGCCCCACCACAAUCGGGAGUUUUACGCUUGAGGCGACGGCGGCGCGAUGACGACGACCUCGCCGAUUCCUCUCGCGAUCUCACGAUGCCAAGCCGAGUAAGGACCACCGACGAUCGACAACGCCCGCAUUCAGAAUCCCGCUGGUCGAUGGUGAAAAAAAAAAAAAACGAUUACUUCGGCGAACCGCAUGGCGCGCGCGCCCAUAGACUCUCCCGCAACACGCCGGGGCUUUAUCGAGGAACGUCGCUCGCGGAACGUCGGCCGAUUCUCGCGGAUUCUCCCUCGGCACUUAUAUUCGCGAUAUUCGCUUGCUCUUAGCUGUAGCUCACCCGUUACAACAUAUCCCUACAUCUACCUACCUACCCUGUGUACCCGUAUAUCCUUUGCGUUCCCCUUCCUUUCGGAAGGUAAUUUUUCACGAUUCUCCUCCGGAGAGCUUCCCUUUUGACAUUUAGGCUCGCGACGACGACGACGACGACGACGUUUGCGCGUACGCUUCUCGGUCGCCCGAACUUCUCUCGAUUCUCGGAGACUGUAUUUUCUUACGCGCUGUAUCUCUCGUCGUACUUUCGAAGGAAAAGGGCGCACGCGAGUAAGAGAGUUUGAGGCAAGACGAAUUCGCGGCUCUCUCGGCCGACGGACCAUUCACCGAACGCCGAAUUUUUUCAGCUUUCAACGCUCCGAUUCGCCCUUUGUAGCGCUCUGUACAGAGACUCUUCUUUUCGUUGUAUCUUCAUUUUAACCGCAUUCGCUAUCCGCCGAAGAUCCUUUUCGGAGUGUAAUCAUCCCGAUUGGCGAUUGGAAGCGACGAAUAGCGAAUGACGAGAUUGUGGCUCUCGUAUCCCGUAUAUCCCGUCGAGACAUCGUCGGCGAGGUUGCACCAAUUCCAAGAUGCAUUUACAAACGUAUUUAGAAAUGUAUGUAUAAAUAUAUACGUGUAUGUGUAUAUGUAUGUAUGUAUAUAUAUGCAUGUAUGUAUAUAUAUGUAUAUAUAUAUAAUAUUUACGUAUAUGUAUACGUAUAUACAUACAUGUACAGAACUGAGAGCGUGAAAAUUCGUGGGCGAUAAACGCCGUUGCUAUGUCGUUAAUCAUUCUGUCUCUCGGUGGAAGGAGGGAAGGGAAGAAGGAUCGUUGCGGCACCGUGAUUUCUCUCCGACAGCAAGAGCGGCGAGGAGUUAAGCUGCAACCUCGUCCGCGUCGCUGCUAUUGCUUGUUCCUUCUUUCAUUUUUGGAUUUCAAAUUUACGAUAUCUACUUUUUUUUAUACCGAGCGUUUAAUACCGAGUUCGACGAAAAUUUAUAUCUCUUAGCGCGCGUUCGCGUCUCAAUAGAGGCGUAAACGACGGCGGGACUCGUCGACCGAUCGAUCAAUUACGGAGAGAAUAAAAAGGGCGCCUAUUAUUAAGAAUACGCGUUACGCAUUAAUCAUAGCGCGACCGAACCGACCAAUGUCUAAGUUCCGAGGUAAACGAAAAGUGUUUAGUCGUGAUGCACACAUACACAUACACACGUUUCUAAGAAUUAUAUAAGUUGCGCAAAUUUGCUUAGCGAUAGGGAAUUUACGUCCGAUCAGUCGGUCGGUCGCCGAUACUGUACAUAUCUUUACAGAAUAACGAUUAUUUCUGAAACUUGUAUAAGAUUUUAUACGUAUUUUCGCCGCAUAACUUCUUCUCUCAAUGUCGUUUCGUUGUAUCCUGUAGAAUGUCGAAACGUAAGGAGAUCGAUGUAUUUUAAGAUAAUCAAUUCUACACCUUUCCAUUUUCUUCUAUUUAUUUUAAUAUUCGUUUAUAGCGAGGACUUUUGGCAUGAUUCUGGCGUAAGAUAAAUUCGCGUAAUUGAACGCGUGUAUAAAUUUACUCACAAUUUGAAUUUGUUUCCAAUAAAACUCGUUGAUGUAAAUCCCGUAUUCGAGAAUUACAUGUAUAAAUACUAAAACCCCCUCACGGUAGGUUGCGAUGUUUCACCACGAUAAUUCGCGUAUUCGCCAAACUUUUAGUCGAAUUUUAUUAACAUUCUAUUGUAUAUGAAUCGCCAUGCAUUUAGCAAUAAAAUGAAUUCUCAGUUA